AUUUUUACCACAGAUGUGUGUUCGAACUUUCACUUCCCUGCACUUUUUGUAGUCUGUGACUAAGUUUCAAUCGGGAAGUUGUCCUUCUACAAACGAGAACAGCCGUCUUUACGGGAUUUUUUUGACCAGGAAUGGUCAAUGCAACGUCUAAAGAAGUAGUUCCAGUUGAAAAUGACGAAGAACCAACAAUUUUGUGUAUCGUAAAGGAUGAAACAACUGUCGACAGGAAACAAAACAAUCAUACAGUGAAUCUUCCAGCCUCUACUCUUGUGAAAGAUUUGUACGCUUACGUCGCCAAACAAGUAAGCUAUGUAGAAGACACCUUCCUUCUCGUGUGGAAUAAAUUCAUUGGUGGAGGUAACGAAGAGGUAGUUCUAAAUGAUGAAAAGGCGAAGACUUUACAAGAAGUCGGCCUGGCGGCCAACGGGAAAAAGAACAAUUUUCUGAUCAAAGAUAAAGAUGGUGAACAACCGAAGAAAACGAAGGAGAAUGAUGAUGAUGAUUCAGUUACAGGGAGUGUCACCAACCUGUUCCAAAGCAAUUCUAGCACUUCAAGUAGUUAUUAUUCCUCCUCCAGUGAUAGUUACACUUUGGGAAAGUCUGAAACAGGGUUUGUUGGUCUUGUAAACCAGGCAAUGACAUGCUAUUUGAACAGUCUACUACAGACAUUAUUCAUGACCCCAGAAUUUAGAAAUGCUAUAUACAGGUGGGAGUUCAUUGGAAAUGAAGAUGAAGCAGCCAAGAGUAUUCCUUACCAACUUCAAAAGCUUUUCCUCCAUUUACAGACGAGUUCCAAGAGAGCUGUAGAGACUACUGAUGUUACCAAGAGCUUUGGAUGGGACAGUAGUGAGGCAUGGCAACAGCAUGAUGUACAGGAGCUGUGCAGAGUCAUGUUUGAUGCUCUGGAAAGCAAGUUUAAAAAUACUGAUCAGGAUGAUCUAAUUAACAAACUGUAUCAAGGGAAGCUUAAGGACUAUGUUAAAUGCCAGCAGUGUGGCCAUGAAAGUGCUCGGACAGACACAUAUCUAGACAUUCCAUUAGCAAUCAGACCUUUUGGCUCAAAGCAGGCUUUGGGUAGUGUGGAAAUUGCCUUGAAGAGUUUUGUUACUACAGAACUCCUGGAGGGCCAAAAUCAGUACUUCUGUGAGAAAUGCAAUGAGAAAUGUGAUGCCCGCAAGGGUUUGAAAUUUUUAUCUUUCCCAUAUCUUCUGACAUUACAACUAAAGCGCUUUGCAUUUGACUAUGCAACACUUCAUAGAGUCAAACUGAAUGACAGAAUGACAUUUCCCAAAUACCUCAAUUUGGAAGACUUUAUAAGUGAAGAUUUGGAGGAGAAUGAUGCAGAUGAAGAUGCUAAUCUAAAGGGGGACUCGCCAAGCACAUGCAGCACUGAAACUGACAGUGGGGUGAGUGAAGGCUGUUCUGAUAAUGGCACAUCUACUGAAGAAGAUGAGGUGGACAAUAGCAGUAAAGGAGGUAGUCAAGUGGAUGGGGCCACAGCAUCAAAGAAAGUGGAGCUUACUGAAGACAUGUGCAAUGGUGACCUGGCACAGGACAUGAAGGGUCCAUAUUGGUAUGAGUUAUUCUCCAUCAUGAUUCAUUCAGGAAGUGCAUCAGGAGGCCACUAUUAUGCAUACAUCAAAUCAUUCACAAAUGGGAAGUGGUACUGCUUUAAUGACCAGAGUGUCACAAAGGCCAGUGAUGAUGAUAUUGAAAGAACUUAUGGAGGUUUUGAAUCAUCAAGGACCUACUAUUCAUCAGUCUACUCCAGUUCAACAAAUGCAUACAUGCUGAUGUAUAGACAAGUCAAUCCUGAAAGAAACUGCAAGUUCCUGGAACAGUGUGACAUGCCCCUCCACAUUCUGGAGUUGAUGCAAAAAUUGAAAAAACAAGAAGAAGAUGAGAGAAGAAGAAAAGAAAUGGAGAGAUCCAUGUGCAAGAUCAAGAUUUUUUGUGAGCACCCUCAGAGUAGGAGAAUUAUGGAACAGAAACUUGAAAUUCACAAGGAUACAACUUUGAAAGAUGCAGUAUCUGUGGCUCACAAGCUUUUCCACUUGGAGGAAUUUCUCCCAGCUGAACAGUGUCGAAUUGUGAAGUUUGAUGAAUACUAUGAUUACAUUGAAAGGUCAUAUGAUGGGGAAGAGGAUAAUCCCAUUGGCAAAGUUUUGAAUGGAGUUAAACAAUCCUACAUGUUUGACCUUCUCCUUGAAACUAGAAAGGAAGAUGAAAGAUUUAAACCCUAUAAACCUGGAGGUACAACAGUAAAGGUUCAUGUGGUGCAGCUAGAAAAAGAAAAGGUGGAUCCAUAUGUAAAUGUGCGACCACUGCUCAGUUCAACUGUGGGGGAUCUUUGUGAUCUUAUUCAUGAAAAAUUUAAUCUUCCUGUGGACUGUAUGAGGGUUGCGUUUGAAGGAUCCUACAAUGAUCUGAAGCUGCUAGAUAACCCAAGCAAAGUUCUAAAAGAACUUGGAUUCUUCAAAAACAACAGGGUGUUUGUAGAAGCUUCUGAUAAAGAGGAAGAUGUUCAGUUUAAAGAUUCCAAACUGUUCAAAGUCUUAGAUGUAUUUCAGCACACUAUUCAAUUGUUUGUCUUAUUACCAGAUCCAUCUACAAAACCAUCAGAGCACACAAGCAGAUAUAUCUGUGAGACUACAGUUGAUUCAGAGAAGAAUGAAAAACAAAGAGAAAAACUUGUCCGAGUGGACAAAAGAAUCACCCUUGGAAAACUGAAGGAAAUUCUGAAGAGCGAUGUUGGAUGUGCACCAGAGUUUUUUAGGGUUUACAGAGUAUACUCAAACAACCAAGAAAUUGAGUACAGCAAGUUAACUGACCCACUUACAAGCUUCAGUGAUGAUUCUAAGAUACGAGUAAAGUACAGUCGUGCCCUCAAGAAAGGGGAACAUCAGCUAAAAAUAUUUCUACUAAAUCCUACGGAAAAGGAGCCUUACAAGUACUUUUGUGACUGGAUUGUAACUGAUGGUAUGUCAGUCAAACAAUGCAAAGAACUUCUACAGCCAGAAAUCUGCCAAAGAUGUGGUAUUGAUGUACCUGUUGAAAAUCUCAGGAUGAGAAGAAAAAACUGGAAGAAUCCUGCUGCAGUGUAUGUUGAUUCUCAGGUGUUUGAAGACCACAUUCAGGUGUAUGCAAGUUUUGAAGUUUUCCUGGAAAUAUUAGAAGGCCCUGAAUUAAUGACUUCAACAGACCAGCUUUCAGUCUAUGUGCGCCAUUGGCAUCCUUCAACUAUAACACUUGACCCUCCCAAAGAGGUUGUUCUGCAAGACAGUGUAGUUGAUGAACUGAAAGCUGCAGUUAGCAAACUUGGUAGUGUUCCAGAAGAGAAUUUAGAGUUGUGCAAGGGCCGUGGACACUUUCCUUGUGAAAUGUCUGUUUUGGAGAUUCAUGAUGAGUGUGACUGGUCAAGUGACUUGACAUCUCUUAGAGCAAGUCCUCUGUUGAUAACUGAUGAUGGAGCAGUGGUGUUUUUCAGGGAUAAAACAGAAAAGCUCAUGGAAAUAACAGAAGAAAAGAAGCAGGAAAUCAUAAAAAAAGAAAAUGCAAAGAGCAACAACUCAAAUACAAGAAUUGGAAAAUUUUCUUACAAGGAAAGAGCUCUAAAAAUUUACACUGAUGACAACAGACCAAGCAACUGAAAAGAAAGAGAGUACUUCUCAAUUAACCAGGGUUGAAACAACUCAAGAAACGCACAACCACUUGCAUUGAUAGAGAGAUGAUGGACUGUGCAACAAUAUUGAUAAAUAUUAUGGAGUUCCUAGUACAAUCAAUAAUGGAUUGGGAAAGAACACAGAACAAUGAGAUACAGAAACAAUUCUGUUUGAUUGACAGUAGCCCUUGUAAGUCAAUAGUUUUGUGCAUGGAAGGCAGAGAGGAUGUCUAAAAUUCCCAUGAAAAGGGGCCUAGGGAUCAUUAGCAUUGUGUUUUGUAACCUCACUUUUUGCAUAAACUUAUUGAUGACUGAAGUGACCCUGAACUAACUCACCUUAUCUUCAAAUGCAGAGCUUCAAUAGAAUU